AGGAAGCGGCGUCACCAACCCAAACAACAACACCCCCCAGCAGCAGCCACCGUUGCGUCGGCGCCGCCAGGUUGGAUCCUCAGGCGGAAGCGAGAAGGCACCGCCGCCGCCAUGAAGCUCCGAGUCCGGCUGGAGAAGCGGACCGCUCCGCUUGAGGUGGGGGGGGCGGAGCCAACGCUGGGGGAGCUGCGCGCGCACCUGUGCCAGGCCCUGCUGCCCGCGUGGGGGUACAGUUCUGAUACCCAGUUUGCAAUAACAUUGAACAACAAAGAUGCCCUUACUGAAGACCAGGAGACCCUGGCUUCAUAUGGAAUCGUUUCAGGGGAUUUGAUAUGUUUGUUACUGGAAGAGACCAAUGCAGCACCCAGCCUAUCUCCACACUCGUCUUCACCUCCUCCCCAGCUCCAGAAUAAUCAUGAACCGUCCAUCUCGAACAUCAGCCAAGGUCAGAUCAGCAGUUCAGAAGAAAGCAGGCAGAAUGGACCAUCUGAAGACCAUAAAGCUCCAAGUGAAGAUGAGAAGAAUGAUGAUAUUGAUGUGGCAGGACCCAGCCUAGAGUUUGCCUCUGGGCUAGUCCCAGAUGAUGUGGAUCUGGAGGAAGGCACCGGUUCCUAUCCCUCUGAACCAAUGCUGUGCAGUGAAGCCGUGGAUGGAGAAGUGCCACAUUCCCUGGAGACUCUCUACCACUCUGCUGAAUGUACCAGUGCUAUUGAUGCCUUGAUUGUUCUGGUACAUCUUCUCAUGAUGGAGACAGGAUAUGUACCUCAGGGAACUGAAGCAAAAGCAGUGUCGAUGCCUGAGAAAUGGAGAGGUGGUGGUGUCUAUAAACUACAAUACACUCACCCAUUAUGUGAAGAUGGCUCUGCUGGUUUGACUUGUGUGCCUUUGGGAGAUCUUAUUGUCAUAAAUGCAACUUUAAAAAUCAACAAAGAAAUUAAAAGUGUGAAGAGAAUACAGCUGUUGCCAUCAUCAUUCAUUUGCUUUCAGGAACCAGAAAAUGUUGCAGGGGUAUACAGAGAUCUUCAGAAACUAUCCCGCCUCUUUAAAGACCAGCUGGUGUACCCUCUUCUGGCUGCUGCCCGACAAGCUUUGAACCUGCCAGAUGUGUUUGGCUUAGUGGUCCUUCCUCUUGAGCUGAAGCUACGGAUUUUCAGACUGCUAGACGUCCGUGCUCUCGUCUCUCUGUCUGCUGUUUGCCGUGACCUCUACACAGCUUCAAAUGACCAGCUUUUGUGGAGAUUUAUAUACCUGCGGGAUUUCCGAGAUCCUAUUGCCAGGCCUCGUGACACGGACUGGAAAGAACUUUACAAGAAGAAACUAAAGCAGAAGAAGGAAGCCCUGAGGUGGCGGCACAUGAUGUUUCUGCCUCCUCCACCACACCCCAUUCCUUUCCACCCCAGCCCCUUCUAUCCAAACCCCUUCCCUCCCAACCCUUUCUCCCCUAACCCUAUCUACCCUCCAAUGAUCAUUGGUGGUGAAUAUGACCAGAGACCAACACUUCCGUAUGUUGGAGACCCAAUUAACUCACUCAUUCCUGGCACAGGGGAGGCGCCAGGACGGUUUCCUCCAUUCAGACCACAUUUUGAUCCAAGUGGGUUGCUGCCAGGGCCAAAUCCAACACUUCCAGGACGAGCGGGUCCCAACGACAGAUUUUCCCCUAGACCCACCCGAGGCCGCCCGAUGGACAUUCGUCGCAUGUUCAUGUGACUGCCACUUCUUUUUUUUGAUGGGUUUUUAAAUUUUAGUUCCUGAGCUUGCUUUCUAGCUGCAGGAGAUCUCUACAAUUACGGUGAGAUUGUGUGUGCACAAUGGCAUCUUGACCACAACAGCUGAUUCACUUCAAGAUCUCUGUAGGAAGUUAUGCUGCACCACCUAGAACUGGAGGCUGUUUCACAAAGAGCUCUGACUUGGGACAGUUUGUGCUGCUUUUUCUUCUCGCUCUCUAACCAUCUGUGAAGUGCUGCUUAGAGACCAGAAGCCUGCCAGCCUAAUGUUUGCUGCAUCAGAUAAAGAACACUUGAAGCACAAAUCCUACCUUGUUCUCGGUCUUAUUUUUUGUCUGAAUAAUGAUAGUAAAUGCUUGGGGCAUAGGAAGGUUUUCUUAACCUGCUUGACUAAUAAUCACUCUUGAUGAGAGAAGCCACCUCUUCCACAUGGUGUGAGAUGCUAGAACUGAUGUUUACAUGAUACUCAUGAGUAUUUGAAAUUCUCCCAAAAUAUUCUCCACAGAUUUUUUUUUUUUUUUGUUGUUGCUUUUUAUUUUUAUUACUUAAAAAGCAGUUUUUAUGUUGGUACUCAAUGCACAAGGAAUACAGGGCAGGGUUUUCUUUACAACAGAGAGAAUGAAACACAAAACAACUUGAUUUACAAAUAGCUGAGUAAAAACAUGCUACAGUGCAACCCAAAAUGGGAGAGAAGCACAAGCAAACGUUAAGAAUCUGCAGCAAACCUUAUAAAUUGUGUGUGUUCUCCUAUAGACUGAGUUUGCAAAUAAGUAAAUGUAGAAGGUGAACACAUUCGAGGCAGCUUGGGGGGAUGUGCAUGUAUUAAAAUCAGAGCAGGAAUAAGCCUUUUUCAGCUGGCUAAACUAACUAAUAAAAUAGGCUGACCUCCCUGGCUGCAGUGGAGACAGGAUCACAGCAGGAGAGCUAGAAUGACUUCUCACAUGGCCCGGUAUGCGAUUCUAUUACCUCAGUAUUAAAUGAUGCAGGCAAGGAAUACAUCUCAGCAUGUGAUAUCGGCACCAGUAAAGACUUCCCAUAUUAAUUAAGGAAGUAACUUAUGGGACUAGCUAAAGCAACUUACCAGGUUCGUUCCAUGAACGUACAGAUAUUGCACUAAAGAAAAACUGCAGUAAUUCAUUAUAAAAUGGAUCUCUACUAAAUAUGUAUUAAUAAAUAAAUGCCUUUUUCCUCACAUUUCAGAGUAGUCAUUCACGGUUUCUGAAGUUGCCAGCACCAUUCGUACUUGUAAUGACAGCUGCCAGUUUACUGAUGGUUCCUACUCUCAUCCUGUACUUUAACACUUGGGAAAGUAAUAAUAUAUUUUACUAUGAAAGCAGUUUUAUGUUAAUUGCUGCUACCUAUAUAAUGUUUUAAUGGUCAGUGGUACAGUUACCCAUCUUACUUGAAAUCCUGACCCUUCUGAAAUAAGUAGUAGUUUUGCCACUGAUGUCAUUGGGGUCAAGAUUUAACCGUAACUUUUUUGCUAGUACCAAUUUUUAUUUAAUAUUCCCUCUUGCCUGUAGGUACUGGGCUGAAAUGCACUGACUAUUGAUAUAGCAGUCAAAUUUAAAAGACAGUUUCCCCUUCAAAAGUGAGCUUUCCCUUUAAUUAUCAUUUAUUUAUGCUAGUUCCAGUAUGUCAUUUGCUGUUGUUUUCCUUGAAGUAGAAUUGAUAGCUAAGUGGUCUAAACAUGCAUCCAAGUGAUGCUCGGUAUUCUGUGGGCUAUACAUAGAGAAAGGGAAUGCUGGCAGCAGUUGGUAUCCUGCCCUGAUAUUGCAAUGGAGAAUACACUAGAAAUGUACGUUUCUGUUUCAGGUAACCACAUAUGAACUAGUUCAAAUGUGUUUGUGUUUUUAAUACUUCCUGCGCUUCUCCACCAAACACUUUUACAAGCUGUUUUUCAGGAAUAAAUUGUGGCAUGAGUUAACUUCUGGUGCUGGUGAGAGGAUUUGCCACAUAUACUGGUAAAUGUGACCACGUUAGAAUGAAUACGCCUAAUUUUGGUAACUGGAGCUUGGUUAGUAUUUUGUGAUGGUCACUUACUGUGUCAACGUGGCACUUUCCACAACAGACGGUAGUGCAAUCUGUUCACAUAAUUGCACGAAACCACAAGAACUCAAAUACCUGGUGUCUGCUACCUUCAACAGUUACCUAAAUGCAAUAUCUCUAGAGCAGCUAAUGCUAAUGAUAAGCCAUUAUGUCCCGUGGUUAAAUGGAUGAGAAGGAAAACUGUUCAAGUGCAGUGUGCAGUGCUUGAGCUCUGCCUCAGGUGGGUAAAUAGAAGUAAGUGUAGUGACACCCAUGACAGGCUUGUAGGUCUUUAAAACCCUGGCAUUACUCUGGAUCACAUGGGAUUGUGAACAACACUAGAUCCUUAAAAGGGGCCACGUGUCCCUGAUGGGAAAGAUUGAAAAAUAAUUUAUUUACCAACCUUCCCCACCCACCCUGCAAAACGCCCCCAAAAACAAAAACCCAACAACAUGAACCAUAAUUCUUUCAUCCUUGAUCACAGAACUGCUGUUUUUUGUGAUUCAGCUAUGCUCAUCAACUAUGAAUCCCACUUGCCUGAGAAAGCAUCUACAGGUAUCACACCUUGCCCCUCUGGAGUGAGCCAUAUGCCUCUUCCUUCUGAGCAGUCUAACAAUAUGGUGGCAAACACCAUUUUAUGUGGAGUAGACUAUGGCAUCACAGGCUAAUGUUCCUUCCCGGUGCUGUUCUUUCCAGAGCACCCGGUAGAAACAUGAUGUUUUUGACUUCAGUAGAGGAAUGAGUAACUUGUGAAUUUGGUUCAGGUUUUCUUUUACAGCACUUCUGCCUAGCCAGAACUUUUGAGGAAUUAAAUGAAAGUGGGAGCUACAGCAUUGGCCAAACUUUAUUUAAGAUUUAAUUUUGAGUGUCACCUUAAACUGACUCUUAAAAUAAAAUAGUUGCAUUCCCAGA